AUGGUGUGGUCAAAGAUCACUCGAGUAUUCUCCCUCGGUAGUCAAUGGGGUGAUAAUGCUGUCCGCUUGGUUGAAGGGGACAAUGCUCUGGCAAUGGUAAAGCGAGUUGAAGGGAUAUUAGAAGACUCAAUGAGGGUGCUCGAAAGUCACGAAAAGGUGAUGUCGUCUGGGGAAUUCAACACCUUUAGUAUCAAACAUCGCCAUCUAGUACUCAAAGUGGUUGAGAUAAAACACGAGGUUCAGGAGCACCAACAACAGAGCAUCAUCUCUGCUUCUCCUGAGGGUAGAGGGUAUGAUCGAAUUGCCCGUGAUGUGGUUCGUCUCCAGAAACAGGCGGAGGUUUACCACCGGGAUGUGAUGACGGCUAGUCACCGUGCGCAGCUUCGAGAGGAGGAGUCUUUCGUAAAGCGGCACUUAGAGUCAUCGACAGCGGAGGCGAGUCUGGGAACUGUGUUGUCACAACUCUGUUUUCAAACCCCACUCCCCUAUAGUCAUCCAGCCCUACAACCACAUGUUGAUCGCGAGCCCUACUUGGCCGUCGCCCAUGUCCGCCCAACAAAAUCAGAGCUGGAUGAUUCGGAUCUAAAAGACGAGUGGUAUCGCCAGAUAUUGAUUCUGGAGAGCAAAGAAAAGACAAUGGUUAUGAUCAACCCCAACCGCUGCUACUUGACCGAGGAGUCUGAUCUAUUGGCAGAAAGCUCGCUCCUCGAAAUGUCUCGUGCGGGUGAAGCCCUGCUUCAGGCCACUGAUCCCGACCAUAUACAAGGGUAUGAAGUCAUCAAAACACCCCAACGUGAGACUUCAUUGGUUGAUUCAUUCAUCAACACUCUAGCGAGACUGGGCGUUGGUAUGGGUGCCGACAUGAUGUGA